AUGGCGUCUUCACAGGAACAUGUAGCUUUAGAGGGUUUUUUCGCUAACAUAGGAUUAGCAAAACUUGCUUAUCAUUGGCCAGUUCUUGUGUUAUCCGCAUUAACAUGUAACUUCACAGUUGCUUUUUCGCGGUUUAUUUCACCUCUUCUCUUUCCGAGAACUUAUAAUGCACUUAAAGGAUAUAAACGGUUCGCUUGGGACAUGCAUGCAGUGAGCAUGCUUCAUUGUGUACUAGUUGUGGUACUCUCGUUUCACUUACUUUUUGACGAGAACCUUUUGCGAGAUAAAGUAUUUGGAUAUGACGCAUACGCCGGGAACGUGUAUGCAAUUGCUUGUGGGUAUUUUUUUUGGGAUAUUUUCGCGUCAUUAUAUCAAGCGCGUGAUAGUGGAUAUGCAUUUGUAUUGCAUGGCGCGUGUUGCUUUGGGGUUUAUAUAUUUGCGUUUCGCCCAUUUUUGAAUUACUAUGGUGCCGUGUUUUUAAUGUUUGAACUCUCCACUCCAUUCCUAAACAUUCAUUGGUUUAUGGAUAAAUUGGGACUCACUGGAACACUAUUUCAAUUGAUCAAUGGUCUGUUCUUAAUCUCCACAUUUUUCGGUGCGCGGAUCGUGUUUGGAUUGUACAUGUCUGUUCAAGCCUUUGUGUCAGUAAAAGCUGUGAUAUCACAAGUUCCAGUAUUUUUGUGUGUUAUUUAUGGUGUCGCAAAUGUGUUACUGAACUCCUUAAAUAUCUACUGGUUUGUGAAGAUGAUAAACGCGUUAAAAAGAAGAUUCAAUAAAGGGGUGGACAAAGAUGAUCAUCACUCAAAAGGCAAA